AUGGGAGAAGAAAUGCCUGAAAUUGUUGCAUUAAUGAAGCUGGCGUUACAACAGGCUAAAAUUGCAUUUUACAGUCUUGAGGUCAUAUCAUGUGGAAGAAAUCGGAGUAAUGAAACAAGAAAUGCUACAAGACACGCUGAAAUGGAAGCUAUUGAUGUUUUACUUGAGGAGUGGAAAGAAAAGGGACUUACAAAACAUGAAGUUGUUGAGAUGUUCUCAAAAUGCUAUCUUUAUGUUACAUGUGAACCAUGUAUAAUGUGUGCAUCUGUCUUAUCAUUUAUUGGUAUAAAAGAGGUAUACUAUGGUUGUGCGAAUGAUAAAAUUGGAGGGUGUGGAUCAAUAUUGUUCUUGACAAAUGCAUGUUUCUUGCAUCUUAUUGAACAAAAAGAUAGAGGAACAAAUUGA